AUAUUCGGCGAUUAUGUCGGGCGCAGACGCUUUGGGCGAAAGAAAAUGGUUGGGACAAAAAGAAAAAGCGAGGGGCAAAUCCGUCAUUACAGAUAAAACCCUAGCGCCUUCAUUCGGUGCUCCCAUUUAUAGUCUCACUCUCAUAUCCUUCCCCUCCCUCACGAUCUGAACGGAGGAGGCCUCUCUUCGGGUCACCAUCUAGACUGCAAUCAUGGCUGAUGGACUGCAGCAUCCAUCAGUUGUUCAGAAGUUAGCUGGACAGUCUUAUCUGGUGUCCAGGCUUAGCCCUAAUUUUAACUCCAGGAAUUACACUACAAGUGGUCCUUACUUCAAUGGAGGAGUGCACCCUUCUGGGUUGGCUGUUGUAUCGCCUGUAUCUUCAGUCACUGCUCACGCUCCGGCUGAGAAAGGAGCAAGUGCUUUUCUAGUGGAUUUCUUGAUGGGUGGAGUGUCUGCUGCUGUAUCCAAGACAGCUGCUGCUCCAAUUGAACGAGUUAAAUUACUUAUCCAAAAUCAGGAUGAAAUGAUCAAGAGUGGUCGGUUAUCUGAGCCAUAUAAGGGAAUCAGAGAUUGUUUUGCUCGAACCAUGAAGGAUGAGGGUGUAAUUUCUCUUUGGAGAGGAAAUACUGCUAAUGUCAUCAGAUACUUCCCAACUCAGGCUCUGAACUUUGCUUUUAAGGAUUACUUCAAGAGGCUUUUCAACUUUAAAAAGGAUAGAGAUGGCUAUUGGAAGUGGUUUGCUGGUAAUUUGGCGUCUGGUGGGGCUGCUGGGGCUUCUUCCCUCUUAUUUGUCUAUUCUUUGGAUUAUGCUCGUACUCGUUUAGCAAACGAUGCAAAGGCUGCAAAAAAGGGUGGUGAGAGGCAGUUUAAUGGCCUGAUUGAUGUUUACAAGAAAACUAUUAAGUCUGACGGUGUUGCUGGCCUUUAUCGUGGAUUCAACAUCUCAUGUGUUGGGAUUAUAGUGUAUCGUGGUCUUUAUUUUGGAAUGUAUGAUUCUCUGAAACCAGUUGUUUUGGUUGGUGGGUUGCAGGAUAGUUUCUUUGCUAGUUUCCUUUUGGGAUGGGGAAUCACAAUUGGGGCUGGUUUGGCUUCUUAUCCCAUCGACACUGUGCGUAGAAGGAUGAUGAUGACUUCUGGAGAAGCUGUGAAGUACAGGAGUUCUUUACAUGCAUUCCAAACAAUCGUUGCAAAUGAGGGUGCUAAGUCACUCUUCAAAGGUGCUGGUGCAAACAUAUUACGUGCUGUUGCAGGUGCUGGUGUGCUUGCUGGUUAUGACAAGCUGCAGCUCAUUUUGUUUGGAAAGAAAUAUGGCUCUGGCGGAGGCGGCUAAAUGAUGACGACAAUUUCCUGGGAUAACUACUUGAUUCCCAUAUGAUUUGAAUAAUUUUGGAUGAAAAAUUUCGGUAUUGAUGUUUUUCCUAAAUUUAGGACCCUGAUAUUGAGAUACCAUAGUUCUGCGAACAAGAAUUUUCAUUGUUUGUUCCAUGUCUUUUAGCUUAUAAUCUUUUGAGUUUGAGACCCCUUUUGCUCGAAAUAAUUAAGACGUUUUUGAUUGCUCAUCUGUUGUUGAAAUGCGAUUCUGUCGUGUGAUAGUUUUAUUAUAUUAAAUUUAGAUCAGUUAAUGGUUAU